CAACAACUUCGCAACCCCUGGUGGCGCCCUGCGGAACCUGCAGCGCUGCAAUGCCGUGAUGAUCAGGUUUUUUCCCUUGCUAUUCCUGGCCGACACCAUCGCGUUUGAGUCGACACCACACGAUGCAAUCCAACGCUCUCGCGGCUCCCGACGCCUCUUGCGAUCACAGGACGGCGCUCUGGAACCAGCGGUUCUGCGCGUGUCCAUCGCGUCAACUGCAGGCAUUGAUUGCUCCUGGAGCGACUGGAGUGCGUGGUCCUUUUGCUCUGUGACCUGCGGUGAAGGCUUGCAAGAACGCAAGCGAUGGGUGGCGAUGCGAGAGCAGCAGAACGGCGCGCCCUGUACGGGAGCGUCUGAACAACACGGGCCCUGCAGUCUGGCACCCUGCGCCGCCAACGCGACGGCAUCGGCUGGGUCUGGAUGCAGUUGGGAAAGCUGGCAGGACUGGUCCAAGUGCACAGCAUCCUGCGAGGGUGGUCGUCGUCAACGAGUUCGCGCGAUUCGUUCGGGUAACGGUUGCAGUUUGGCCGACGGACAACAGGCGGAGGCUUGUGGCAAGAAGUGCGAGGAAGCGGAGGAAAGCGACAGCGAAAAUUGCUGGACAGAAUGGUCAAGUUGCAGCAAGACCUGUAGCGGCCUCCGCACGCGAAGUAGCAAGGUAGGAUGUUCCAGUGGCAGUCAAGAGGAGCUUUGCAACAUGGAGGCCUGUGGCUGCCAGAUGUCUGACUGGAGCGAUUGGAGCGCUUGCAGUGGACGCUGUCAGAAUUCGCAGGCUUCCUCCAGUCGAAAGCGCCACUCCAAGGCAACUGAAGGAGACGCAGUUUGUAAUGGCACCGCCACUGAAACCAAGAGCUGCGACUGCCUCGCGGCCAAGGUGCCCCAGGUGGUCUCCGCUGCAACGGCUCCGGUAGACUGCGUUUGUGAGACGUGGCAAGACUGGGAGGCGUGUUCCACCAGCUGCGGUGCCGGCACGCGUAAGCGCAGCCGCACGGUGCAAGUGCCUGCCAAUGAGAUUGGGAGAGAUUGCGUAGGGGAAGAUCACCAAACAGAUCCCUGCAAGGGCGAAUCCUGUCCUACCUGUCGAACUUCCGAGUGGAGUUCUUGGUCGGACUGCACUGGGCCCUGCACCUACCUCAGUAGCCGUUCCAUCCGCGUGCGCGAGCCCUUGAGUUCAGGACUCUGUGACAAGAGUUUGGAAGAGGAAAGGGCCUGCACUUGCCACUCCGACGCCGAAGCCGAUGAGGUGAAGGCCGCGGUCAGGGCCGCGGCCGCGGCCGUCGCGGCGAAGGGUGGCAAGGACGGCAACGAAGGAUCGCAGGAUGAGGAGCGCAUCAACUGCCAAUGGGGUGACUGGCACGAUUGGGAGGCCUGUACGAAGAGUUGCAAUACUGGGAUCACACGUCGUAGUCGAGAUGUGCUUCGCGCGGCCAAUGCUUUGGGAUCUGAGUGUCAGGGUGAGAAUCGGCAGACGCAAAACUGCAAUGAUUCGCCUUGCCCUUGCGCUGUGGGUUCCUGGUCGGAUUGGAGUAGCUGUGCUGGCGACUGUGAGGGCAAGUCACCCCGGGCCGUGCGCACUCGGGAACUAGUGCAAGACAGCAAAUCCAAUGGGAACAGUGGCUGCCGUGAAGUUUUGGAAGAGGAGAAGGCCUGUACCUGCAGCCCCGCUGGCAUUGCCACAGUAGAUGACACUGACCUGGAUACCCUGACUGCGGCCGAUCUGCGAGCCCACGAUUUGGACGCAGAGGCAGCUUCAAGCAAGGUCAACAGCGGAGUGUCGAAGGACCGGCGUGUCUCUGGUGCUUUGGAACUGAAAUUGCAUGACCCAGUCUCUUUCUCUUCGGAUCCCAAUGCCGAAACCGCGGCGCAAAGCACCUUGAAGGAGUUGAUCGGAAGCCUGAGCGACAGCUAUCACGUUUCGGUGUCGUUGAUGCCCACGGACGGCAAAGAGAUGGUGGACUGCUGGUACAGCCUGAUCUUACCGGAACAGCAGGCAAAUGCCGUGGCGGCCAAGUUGCACGAUAUCAACUUGGACGAUGCCACGCAACACUUAGGCGAUGAACUCAAGAGGCUGGGCGUCACUGCCUCGGUAACAGCGACGCGCAUCACGGCCACCGUGAUGUCCACCAACACCUGACGGUCUGACUCGUCGAAAGUCGACGAAAAAAUCCAGCGGUGGUCAUGGUUUCAUGGUGGAAGGUCAACCAUGAAGGGUUUCAUGGAUGUUGG